AGUCCCCAGGUCUAAAAUAUUAGAUUGGUUUUCUUGUUGCGUCGCGAUUUUAUUUGUGGUCGAGUAAAUAUUACAUCCGUGAAGUAAUUGUUUAAAUUUUACUACAAGUAAGUUGUUCUUUAUAUUACUCAACAAAUUGUAGAAACCUUUGUUGCGAAGGGAAACGCAACGAUGGCACUGCGAGCUCAUUUCUCCGUUUCCUAAAGUAUAUCCUCACCAAUCAUAAUAUAAUACAACACAGUCAAGAUGAUGUCGUCGGGGCAGGAGUUGUUUUCUUUGUACGACAGCUCACCUGAUACGCUGUUCGACAUUAGUAUGAAUUACAUCGUUAAUAAUCUAAAUAUAAUUACGACAUUGGAUCCGAACACUCGAUGGCGUAAGUUGAAAGACGAUGUGAUUCUACCUUCAGAGAUUUGUGAAAAGUUCUUGGAGGCAUACCAGAAGAGCAACAGAGUAAGUGAUAGCAUAGCGAACAUAUUCCGUGACCGAACACGCACCAGGUUGUCCGUGGUGAGACUUCGCAACUCGCGCAUUACGGACGAGGGGUUCCGCUGCCUCAUGGAGCACAAGCCCUUCGAGCUCGAAGUUGUCCAGUGCGAGUACCUUAGCCCCAGCUCCCUGGACAUCAUAAACAGCAACAGUCAAAACCUAGUCUCUCUAAAAGUGGGGCCUCUGACGUAUGUUCUCUCACAAGACGAAACUCUCUUCCGACAGAGGGGAUAUAUAAUCGAUGCGCCUAAUUUGAGACGGCUCACCCGCCGAGGACUUGCAGUGUUUCCACUACUGCUUUUAAAGUCACUGACUAAUCUAACACACUUAGACUUGUCUAAGACCACUUCGUCAAGCACCAUUUGGGUUUUAAAAGAUUUGAAAAACCUGAGAUCUUUGAUUUUGCACAGUGUGCACUGGACAAAGGAUGUUAUCGAUUGGAUAGCCACCUUGCAUACUUUGAGACAUUUGGAUAUCUCGCAGUCCAAUGAUAGGCAUGGGAAAUAUUUCAAACCAAAUGAUGUUUUGGCUAAACUUAUAAAUAAUCUUACGCUUUUGGAAUCCUUGGAUAUAUCAGGGACUAAUCUCGCUGGUUCUGGGGCGGCAGCAGUAUCCAACAGUGAAGGUACUUCAGAUAUUGACCAAGUGAGGUGUGAUAUACCUGGCUUAGCUGCCCGUGUCAACAGGCCACUGGAGUUUCUGGGCCUGUAUGGGACACACCAUGGAGCUUGCAAAAGGCAUGACAUUCCUGCCAAAGUGAUAACGGGUGAUGCUAAUGUGGAACAAAUCUUGACUGCUGCAGCAGCAUACAUGGAAAGGCCAGCUAUUCUUACACGUGUCCUCAAUGACCUUUACUAUUUGUUCCGCUAUGAGAACAAUGCUUACAUAGGCCGAGCACUAGCAGUGGUCCUAGAUGCAAUGGAUCAACAUGUUUCAGAAAAGCAUAUACAGAUAUCUGGCAGUGCAACACUUUUCUACAUAGUCAAAGGGAAAGAAAAAGGUCGUAUAGGAAUCAGGCUAAAAAAGCGAAUAAUCACUGCUCUCUUAGAUGGAAUGGAGGCUCACCUUGGCGAUGACACAAUGAUGAGGAAUGGGUGCCUCACAUUAUGCCAGUUCAAAAUACCAACAGAUGUUCUGUUUGAAUACGAGCGGGUAGUGCAAAUCCUGCUGAAUGGAGUGGCUGACGUGAACCAGGAGGGUUUCGUGCAGCGCAUAGCGAUAUACCUCCUCAACUCGCUCGCUUGCCAGGUCGACGGCACCCAGAAGCAGUUCCUGGGCAACCAUGGCGCGAUAGGGAAAAUGUUGAACCUGAUCGCCGAUCGGCUGGAGCGGCGGCUGUGCGACGACGUGCUGGAGGUGGCGUGGUCCACCAUGUGGAACGUCACCGACGAGACGCCGCAGAACUGCCGGCGCUUCCUCGACAACCGCGGCAUGGAGUUCUUCCUCGCCUGUCUGAAGAGCUUUCCAGACAAGGAGGAGUUGUUGCGCAACAUGAUGGGCCUGCUGGGCAACGUGGCCGAGGUGGCAGAGCUGCGCCCGCAGCUCAUGAACAAGCUGUUCCUGUCCGUGUUCUACGAGCUGCUCGAGUCCUCCAGCGAUGGUAUCGAGGUGAGCUACAACGCGGCGGGCGUGCUGGCGCACAUGGCGUCGGACGGCCCCGCGGCGUGGACUGUGGAGGAGCCCGAGCGCGAGGCGGUGCUGGCGCGCGUGGCGGCCGCGGUCGAGCGCUGGGACCUGCACGCCGAGCGCAACAUCAACUACCGCUCCUUCGAGCCCAUCCUCAGCCUGCUGCACGCGCACCACACGCCGCAGUGCCAACACUGGGCCGUCUGGGCGCUCGCCAACCUCACCACCGUCUACCCUGACAAGUACUGCGGCUUGGUGGAAGCAGAGGGCGGGCUCAAGCUGCUGGUGGACCUGCUAAACCACCCCUCGCCUUACGAGCUCAUCAAGGACCUCGCCUGCACCGUCAUCGGGAACUGCGCGCGCUACGCCAACCGCGCCACGCCCCCGCUGCCCGUCCCGCUCUCCCCGGACAAUUAACUAACGGAGUACUUCGAGGACAUCAGUCCUCGGGUGGACGAUUAGCCCCGUGCGAACAAUUAAGGU